AUGCCUGACAAGAACGUCUUCAUCGGCUGGGGUGAUCACGCUUACUUCUCUGAGCAUCUACCAAGCGGAGAAGCUGUGAUGUACGAAGAGGUAGCUCAACGGGCAAGCGAUGUCAUGAUAUAUCGCAGCAAUAAAUAUGUCUGGAAAGGGGAGCCUCUUUCCACACCAAGCAUGUGGAUAUAUUUACGUACCGGAUCAGGGGCGUCAAACAUAGUCUUCUAUGUAAGCUGGAACGGUGCGGCAGAAGCGCGCUAUUGGAACUUUUACACAUCAGACUCGGCAACCGGACCUUGGGAUAUGAUUGGUUCGACUAACAGGACUGGCUUUGAGACUGAUUACAUACUUACAGGCUCGAGGGGUUGGGCGUAUGCUGAAGCGCUUGAUGCUGAACGCAACCUACUGAAGCGCGGUCGAUCCAGCAUCGUAAAGAUUUUCGUAUCUUCUGAUUUGAUCGUAUCUGGCUGCGACGAUAUCAUGCCUCUUCGAGAAGGCGAGAAGUUCAAUCAAGCGAUGCCAGAUAUCGGCAAUCGUGGGGACAAUUACACCGCGGAUCGAGGCGUCAACACGGUUAACUACUCUCCGGUUUCAGAAUACACUAUUCGUGGGUGGCCAGACGUAAUGUUGGCCAUUGCAGCAGCCUUAAUACUGCUCAUUACGACUGGUUUUUACUUCAUGCUAGGCAAGAGGAGGUUAUGA